UAGGGUUUGUGUUGGUACUAGUACUUUUUGAUAUCUGGGUGAGCAGUAGCAUAGCAGACCAACGGUUUGAAAUGACACCAUGGGCGGCACAGGGUGGAGGUAGGUUGGGAAUAAAAGGAAGGAAUCUUUGUUACUGAAAAUUCUAAUUAAUAUUUGUUUACAACAAGCCAACAUAACAGCAGUACCAAACCAAACCAAAGUACUGAGUAUCUUGAAAAUACAAAAAUAUCACCAGAAAAUGCUGGUAGUACAAAGUUCUAAUACAAAGUCAGCAUCCUGAAACAUAAACUCCGAUUCUCUCCACAUGUGACACCUUAUCUGCUAUGUGUUUCAAGCAUUUUCUGUGGCCCUUACAAAGUAGUACUGUUCUGGUCCAGCCGUAAAGGCUGGAAGAAAUCUCUUUAUAUAAAUGCUCUUUGAAUCUUUGUUUUUGUUUUCAAUGAAGUCUGUACUGAACAAGUGUCAGUUUCUGAAGCACUAUAAAUUAGCAGUACCAAAGUGAAUAGCACUCAUGAAAGGAUCAGCAAUCAGCAUUUUACACAGAUUUCUAUAAAAGAGAAUUGAGAAAUUGAAUAUCAGUGACUUAUAGAUCAGAUCAGGCAUUGUACAUGCCAUUCAUAUUUAAUACUCUCCACUACUUUAAGAAAUACAUUCAGAAUGAAAUUGAUAGGUAGUAUGCUCGCAACAGGACUGUAUUUUUCUUUUCAAAAGAAUUAAAAUAAAUGGCCCAAAAUAUUGCCCCUUUUAAUUUUACUUUCGUAUUUGGUCAAUUAAACAAAUAGAAUUGUUUUUAAAAAAUGAAAUAUGGGGAAUUUGCUUUCCACUAGACAUUUUAAAAAAAACUGAAGUUUUCAAUAUCUAUUUAAAUUGUGCAAUAAAUGCAAAAGUAUGGUCCAGUUUUGUAGGAUGGACUUGAAUUGGCUGCAGGAUUUUACAAACUGGAGUCGGGAGGAAAUAUUGUCUUAUACUUGCGCUGGCAUUGCAAGGCUUCUACGAUACUUCAGUUCGCCCAACACAAUUUUUUUUUCAAUCCUUUAGAAGGGGAUGUCUGUAAUCUGUUCCCUUGCUUAUCUUUUGAUCUGAGUGUUUGCUGGUGCGAAACCUAAUUAGAGGCGGCAAGGGAGCAGAAAAUGUAUCCGUGAAUAAUGUAUGAUGGUUUUAUUUUGGUGCAUUUUCAGCACUGCAGUUGUUGCAUAUUAUUUCUAAUAACUACUGACAUUUUUCGGUAACUUGUAUGUCAAUGUCUAUCUUUAAUCUUCUCCGAUGUAAUUAAAACUAAACAGGCGCGUGCUGAGGCCUUCUAACGUUAAAACUGCAGAUUGACAAUUUUAGUAACCAAUCCUGGCGAUGCCUUCUGUCCUGAGCCAAUCGGAGGAGAUGUGGGCGGAUCUGUUUAAGUCCCUUUCACCAAGGCUUGUGGAGUCUGGGAUGUAACUGCGGUUGUACCUUUUUUUGAAAAAAAAAUGUCUUUUCACAAAUUUAUCUUAAAGAAGUUCAGAGACACUGGAAUGAUCGUGAACUGGAAUUCAUCUAUAUGAAAUGUUUUUAGAUCUAACCUCUUGAAUAACCCGUGGCUCCACCUGUGGCACACUUGGAAUUCUGGUCCAGGGGACUUUACAAGCCCAAGCUUUCUGCCAGUUUAAAGAAAAGCAUCAAAAAAGAAACAAUUAUUCAGCAACAAGAUACCAAGGCAAGAGGCCCAACACGACACGGAAUCCUGGACUUCCCUAGAUCAGUUUAUGGCUAAGCUGUGUAGACAUCAUCAGAUACAGUUUAUGAACGUACUAAGCUACGUGCACAGUGAAGCAAGCCCAGUCGAGGAGCCCUCAGAAUCCUCAUCACAUGAGGACAUGGCCACAUCCAGCCCGUCCCCUGUCCUUCUACGGCCUAAAAAUUCUGAGGACCGAACUGGGAGAGGAUCCAUCUUACAGUCAUAUCCUUCCUCAAAUCAAGAGAUCCAAACACCAAACAAAUUGAACAGCGAAAGCGUCGAGGAAGAAAACCAGCCAGCUCGGGAGGAGCUACUCCUGCUGGGAACUGAAACAAACAGAGUUGCUUCUGUUGAAAAGCCAACACCUAGAGGCUGCUGUAGCAGUGGAAAUUAUAUAAAAAACUGCACUGAAGAGGCAGUGUUCUCCUCUAUAGGUAUGUGUACUACUGACUGUAAUAAAACUAGGAGCAUGGAGGGUCUACAAAAAGAAACUGUGAAUCAAAAGGAAAUCGAUAUCUCACAACUAGAUCAGACCUCUAGUGAAUGUGCACACAUUAGUGCUGUUGCCCGAUUAGAAGGAAUAUGUUCUAACAGCUGCGAGAACAAAACAGAGGGUGCAGUUGCUGGCAGAGCUCAGGUUGAAACUUCCCAAGUUCUUUCUGAGGAACUUUUGAACUUGAGUAAGAAUUUGUCCAAAAAUCAGAGUGGUUCACGGGGCAGUUCCAGAGCUAUGUCUGAUCACAAAACAAUUAAACACACUUCGGUUCAGGGUGGAUCUCGAGAACAUACCAGUGCUACCAAAAGAAUGGUCAAAAAUAACCAUGUGCUCACGACGGAGUCGAGCACCAAAGAUUGGCUUCCCUCGAAGCCGCGUGCUGCUGUGCGUGACGCCAGUGGCCGUCUGAGAUUGAAGCCACAGGCUCCUCCCACAAAAACAGCCAGAAAAAGCACCAGGGUGUCUGUACUGCGGGCUCGCUCUUCCAUGCCCAUGUGCCAAUAUGUGAACGAGCAUGACAACCAGUGUGAUAUUGUUUACAUCAGCAAGCCCAUCACCGAAUGCCGUUUUGAUGCUCAGAGGUCCUUAUCUUCCAGUCGAAAGACUGCACGGAAAAGCACACGUGGACAUCUCUGCAAUGAAGAAUAUUGGGAGCUAAAGACUGUCCGCACUUUGGCCAAGAGUCCAGCAAUGGAGGCGAGAAAGGGCAACUGUCCCUCGUUAAUUCCCAUACCGUCUGCCCCAAUGACUCCAAAACAAGCACUUAUCCUGCCUGUCAGUGUGCCCAUUUGUGUUUCUGUGGAUGCUGGAACUGGUAUUCACGGGGACCCUAAGGUGCAGCUGAAAGUCUCUCAGGAAGAUAGUCAAGACUUUAGUUAUUCAGAGAGUAAAGGGGAGCUGGUGGUUGAGCCGAGUCAGACCUGUCAUUCACAGGAGACUGAGGUGGUUUUCCGGACUGAAAACAGCCCACAAGGGGAUCCCGACAGACCUAGGGAUCAGAGCAAUACCUCUGAUUCCAAAAGCCAUUCUCUGGAAGUCAAGAACACACCGGUCUCAACCUUACAAAUGAACAACUGCAUUGCAACAUAUGCUGAUUACCGAGUUCUUUGUGACAGCUUGCCAGCUGAAGAUGGUGCUUGUGAGACCCCUGAACUAACAAAGCCAUUGGAAAGGUGCGGGGACGCUCAAGGUCACCCUUCUGAACUGGAACAGUUAGUAAAAGAAAGUGAUGCCACUACGGACAUAGCAUCAACAGUAGGCCCUCCAAACAAUUUGCAGCCUGUUCCAGCUGAUCAGAGCCAAAAUCCAUCUGUGACAUCUUUAGAAAAAGUGAGCACCAGUUCGUUUUGCAGUGUUGAGGUUAAGGUCACUCCUGCUCACGAGCCCUGCAGCACUCGGCACUUCAGCAGCAGUGAAAUAUUAAACAUUAACAAGACCACAAUGACCAGUAGUCUCAGCUGUCCGUUAUUAGAAGAUCAGUGUAUGGGGGAUGCGGUUGAAUCUCUUGGAGAUGUGAAUGAGGUACCGGUAGAAAAAUUUUUAACUGAGAUUGAAGGGCCCAGCAUAUCAGAACAGACACCUGAAGCAGUUGCUUGUUCUGUCAUUCCCUGUGUAGUUUCAUGUCCAUCAAUAAUGUCCAGAUGUAAAGAAGGGAGCAGUCACCUUGCUUCAGGAGUGUCUGUGCCGGACCUUAUGGAAGGACCUCCCCAGGGAACUGAUAAUAUGAGGUGUAAUAUUGCAAUGAAUGGAUCAGCUUUGGAGAAGAUGAAAUUGGAAGACCUUGAUGAAAAUGUGCUUGACCAAAAGAUGGAAGGAGACGUUAGCACUGAAGGAACUCCUGAGGAUAAAAAGCAGAGAAGCCACUAUGAGAAGACACUAGGCAUCGCCACACCAGAGAAGAAAAAGCAUCGUAGGAAAUUGGAGCUAACUUCUUCAGACAGAUGUUUACGGAGUCAGCAGCCUAGGCCAAAAGCUGUGGCUUGUCCCGAUGACACAAAAGAACAGCCACCAGUUUGUGUUGAUGGAUUACUGGUACCCUGUCUCAGCAUAAAACUCCUGAGAAGUCAAGGCGAGAGAGGGUACAAAAGGGAGGUGUGCAUCAACAGAGUAACAUCUGUUCAGUUUCCUACAGAGUGCUUCAACAAAAUCCUUUUGGAAAGCAUUGUUGACCCCGAGAGCAGAGUGUGUGAGUCCCUUACUUCCACAUCUGAGCAAGAUAUUGCCAAAGCAAAAAAGGCAACUGUUCAGCCACUCUCCAAAAAUCUCCUUUCGAAAGAUUUUGAAAACUUGCAAGAUGACGAGUUGGUGAAUGAUAAUCUUAUCAAUGGAAGAGCGAGCUAUGGGCAAGGUCGGAUUCUCGAGGUCAGUGUUGAUUCUAGAUCAUCGGCAGAACGAAAAGUUUCCUUCUCUGCUCACCAUGUCAGAAACAAUCAAGAUUCAGAAUCUUCUGAUGGUUCGGUGGAUGAUAUGCCUCCUGCUAUCCAACAGCAGACCAGUUCAGGGAAGACAGAUACCUGUAAAGAGAACUCAAAAUGGGUAAGAGGAAGCAUGAUGAAAAGAUUGACAAAUGUGGGAUCACUGCACCAAGCAGCCAAAGGAAUGACCCCAAAAGUACCACCAGGAGAUAAGGUUCUUGCUGGAUCUCGUGCCUUGAGAUGUUCAAGUAUGUCCAACACAGAACCAGAGGCAGUAAUGCUACAGGAGGACAGCAAAUGCUUAAGUAUGAAUCAGCCUAGUGAAUUUCACCAGGAGAAUGAAGAACCUGAGCUGCUAGGUCUGAGUGAUGCUGAUGCUCCUGAACCAAGUCGGCCGAAGUUUUUGGACUGGUGCUCGGAGGAUGAGAACCAGGAGCUGAUCACCACCUUGAAUGCCACGUAUGAGAACAUUCACAAGGCUUGGAUUCAGAUGGAGAAGGAAGUGCCAGUGAUGCAGAAAGCAAAAUGCAAGUCCGACCGGCUCAAGGAGAUCUGGAAAAGUAAAAAGAGGGCACGCAAAGCAAGAGGACUGUAUGACCAUAAAAUAUCCCCAGUACAGAAACUCUUUAUGACCAACUUCAACCUUGCCAGCAUCUGUAAAUGGUUCAUGGAGACAACUGAGACCAGGUCUCUGAUCAUCGUUAAAAAUGUCAGUGCCCGGAAUCCAGUUGAGACCAUGAAAGCUAAAACCUUCCUUCAGAAGAACUCCAUGAUCGGUCUCUUCCCCAGCCCCCAAGCAGAGCGGCUAAAGAAACACCUGAAAAAGUUUGCCAUGGCAUCUCCUGCUCGCAGCAAUUGGAAGACUCGGGCACUGCUGCACAAUGUUGCGAGGAGAGCUGCGACAGGGGCAGAUGGAGCAGGACAGCAGCAUUGGAGCUUUUCCUUAGAUACUGGAGAAGGCCUGACUCCCAGGGACCUUUUUCUGGCCAAAGUGGAAAGUGACCCUGUCGAGGAGGAUGGAUUUCCUGGUAACAAUACAGCAGCCCAGCCCUCCAAGCAUUUGGGGUUGAAGAAACCGGUCAGUGCGUGGAUCUUGCGGAAAUAUUCCAAUAUGAGAGGCAAGCUCCACAAAUUGCAGCAGGGGAAGGAGCAUGCUGGGAGGAAGGUUUUAGCCAAGCACAAGAGUGUCUGUAUGAACCCCAUGGUCUCACCCAAACUGACCUCGCAGGCCCAACUGGACUGCCCUGGAGCCCCUCUCCCCAUCACCUCUCGGAAGUCUGAAGAGAGCAAAGGGAAGAGGAAGGCACCCAAGGACAGUCGCAUUAAGGAACUCCGUGUGGGUCGAGUCAAGAGCAGCAAGUCUGAGGCAGGCCCUCCUGUUCUGCUGCCCAAAUCCAUGCCCAGACAGUUGCCUGCAAACCGGAAGUCCAGAGUGGAGGUCAACACUGCAAGGGCUCCAGCUCCCAAAAAGGCUGCUGCCAGUGGAAAAACCAAUGUUCUAUUCCCAAAAAGCACCGAGAAGAGGCUUUCUGGCGCUAACCUGAAAAAUAUUCCAAGGGUCAAGGGCUCAUCCCAAAGUCGGGAUGGGCCUAAAGGCAGGAAGACCAAAAGAAACAGCAGCAAAGAGUGUCGGAUGAAACCUAACAAGAAAACAGCAGCGCCUUCAGUCAAGGCCAAGAAGGGCCUGAAGUCUGAUGCCAAAAAGAGAAACAAGAUGGCUACCCCAGGGAAGCGUAAGCGAAAGAGUGAAGUCACCUCAGAAGCUACACAUAAAAAGAAACGCAAGUUAAAUGAGAAGAGAGACCCUGUUCUCAAUAGACGCAAGCGGACUGAUGCAAAAUGACACACUUCCUGAAGGACUAACUGUAAAUUAUUGUCUUUAUACAACAGUCAACAAAAGAUUGUUGACUGCCGAGAGCAUUAAUUGUCUAAGCUGCUUUUUAUAAUCUUGAAGCAAGCCUUUGAAAUUGCAGAGGAAAGAACUCGUGUGAUUUUUAAUUUUAUUUUUUUAAGCACGUGAGCAUAUAGCUUGUUGUAAAGAAAAUACAGGGAGCUUCCUCCAACUGUGAAUAGAGUUUUUAUAUGGUGCUAUGGAUGGUAUUGUUUUCUUUUUCCUGUUUGUUUUUUUUAUAUACAUAUAUAUAUAUAUAUAUAUAUAAAAUAUUGCCCUGGCUUAGGACUGAAAUGAAAGCUGCAAGCGCAAACUGAAAAGAACAGUGCCUUAUUUAAUGAUGAGAGGAAAAAGAAACAAUUUUUUGCGUGUGUAUCUGAGAUUAAAGGCUUGCAUUCACAAUGGAGACUUACUUUAUACUUGUUGCACCUCCACUUUCUGUAAGAAGAAAGCCAUUGCAAAUAGAAUAAUAUAGCACAGAAAGAGGCUGUUUGGCCCAUUGUCUAUGUGCUGGCUCUUUGAAAGAGAUAUUCAAUUACUACUACCACCUCCCCCCUCCGCAUUAAUCUCCUUUUUCGGGUAUUUAUUCAAUUCCUAUUUUGAAAGUUACUGUUGAAUCUGCUUUCAUGCUGUUUAAACCAAUGUGUUCUGAAUCAUAACAUCCCGAUGUAUAAACAAAAAGGUUUCCUUUACCGAUUCUUUUUGCUGGUUUACCUUGAGUUUGUAUUCUCUAUUUUCAGACCCUCCUGCCAGUAGAAAAUUUCUCUGCAUGCUAAAUCAGCACAACAUUUCUUCAUUUUAAAUAUCUCCUUAGUUCAAAUUUCCAAUCUCUGUCUCCCCUUAUCCAAUCCCACCUGCAAACCAGGGCUUUACCUGUUAAAUUAUUCAAAUGAUUCUGCUUUCAUUGAGCUGCUCAGACCCCAUUCCACAUGAUAAUUACUCAGACUGCAAUCUAUGUUGUUCAUUACCGGUUUCUACAGGAUCCCCUCAGCCAACGUCUUCCAAGGCUGGAAAGCUAAGAUCAUCUUCCUAUAUAGCUCAAGAUCAUUUACAUAGCUCUUCCUAUCCCACUUUCACUUCUCCUCCAUGACUCAGUAGCCAACGCUGAAGAUGAGGUGAGGGCUCAGCAUGUUCACUUCAAGCCUGACUGUCUCCCAUAUUUCCUAUUGUUUUUUACUCUAUAAUUUAUUUGACUAAGUGUGCCAUUGAGAUAACGAUGGUAAAAGCAGACACACUUGCGGAUUUCUCCUAUUCUUGUAGAAUUCACAGAAUUGUGCAGUAUAGAAAGAGGCCACUUAGGCAGCAAUGCCCAUUUGAAAGGUUGCCCAAUUAGCCUGGUAUCCUUUGCUUUCUCCAUUGCCCUGAAAUGUGUUUUUCCUUACCUCAAGUGUAUACAGUUGCUUCUGAUAAAUUAUUAUUGGAUCAUCCUUUCCAGUGUUCCUCUCUGACCUUCAUGUUUAGUUUAGUAAUUUUUUUAUUUUAAAAAUUCUUCUUGUCUUUGAGGCUCCCUGAUGGGCCUAGUGGUAUUAUUGCUGAAUUAUUAAUCCAGAAAGCUGGGUAAUGCUCCAGGGCCUGGGUUCUAAUCUUACUGUGGUGGAUAGUGGAAUUUGAAUUUGAAUUUAAAAAUCUGGAAUUGAGAGCCUAAUGAUGACCAUGUCGAUUGUCGGGAAAAACCCGUUUUGUUCACUGUUAUCCUUCAGGGAAGGUAACAGCCAAUCUUACCUGCUGUGACCCACGUGACUGCAGAUCCACAGCAAUAUUGAUUGACUCUUAACUGCCUUCUGGGGAAAUUUGAUAAUGGGCACACUUAGCAACAUUCACAUCCCAUGAAAGAACUUCAGAAAUGCCAGCCAGCAAGCCAUGGGAUGCAGUGGUCAUUCUUAAGCCCACUUUGGAGUCUUUAAUAAAUGCUGAAUGAAAAGUGAACUGUGUUGUAGCUUCUUGUGGUAGGGCAGAUCAGAGAUGAGCAAAUCCAGCAUUGUCAUGACAAGAUAAAGAACAAAGAAUUGGAAUGGCCAGUAGUGCUGAAGUGUUAAAAUCACAAGUUUGUUGGACUACUUGAGAUUUUUUUAAAAAAUUGAAUCACCCUGUCCUGAGGUGUUAUGACACACCUCUGGACCACAUGGGACUUGAACCCAGGCCUGUGGGCUCAGAGAUGAGGUCACAACAAGAGCCUCCCUAUUCUAAACUGCGACUGAAUUCCCUAAUAUUUUAGCAAGUGGUUUUCGCUGAUUUAACCAACCUCAAGCUUUUGUGAAGGUUAAGGUGUUGUAGGGUGUUGUGUUAGCUCUUUCAGAAUUACUUGCAACCUUCCUCCCCACCCCCAAAAAAUACCAACUUAAAGGGCAACUCCCCCUCCUGCUGUUCCCUUUCCUCACAAUCCCUCAUGUUUUCUCAGCGAAAGCUGUUUUCUCCAGCUGUGGAUGAGUAGUGAAUAAAACUCCUGAAACAUAGGAAAAGUUGCUGGACAUUUAAAGUUAAAAGAAAAUCCUGGAAGGGAGCACUUAUGAAGGGUUUUGAGCACAAGUUUGUUCAAACAAAGGAUCUGACCUACAACAUGAAUCUCUUCACUCCUAAAAGAGUUGCACAGCAGGUUGAGGUGAAGAUCUUAGAAGGUGACAGACUUGGGGCGGGGGGAUGGGGUGUAAGAAGAAAGUGGUAUGAGUGAAGGCAAGAUAGCUUUUUCUGAGAGCCAUUCAAGCCACAACAGGCCAAAUGGCAUUCUAUACCCUCUUUCUCUAACUCUUCAGUCUCUGUGUUUUUCAAGCAUUUUCUGAUUUUUGGUUAAACGGACAAAUUAGCAUUGCAUCAUAAUCCAGUAGGACUUAAACUGCAGCUUUGCAACAAGAGAAUGCAAAUGGACUUUACAAGCAUUGCAGAAUUACAUCACAAUGUGAUAACAUUGGGCCCAGUUGGCCAUUCUGAUGUUUAUCCUCCAAACUCGAUGUCGCCUGUCUUUUCCCAUCUAAUUCUAUCAGCAAACCUCUUAUAUGUUCCUCCUCACAUCUUUAAAGUAAGAUUUAAAUGUAUCAACAUUAUCAGUUUGAACCUCUAUGCACGAGAGUUUCCCAUUCUCAAUACUUUCUGGGUCAAGGAUUUUCUUCUAAAUUCCCAAUUUUUUUUUUCAGUGACUAUCUUAUACCUCUGGUUUUGCUGUCUGAGUGGAAUUUCUGCAUUAACUUCCUUUUUUAAUAAGGGAUUGAUUUGGAGAAGCUCCUGAUUUGGUACUGCGCAUCAUGUAAUUUGUCCAUUCCCUUUUGCCCUUCAUGGAGUGUCUCUCCUAGAUUUCUAAUUUUUUUUUGUCCUCACGCACCGUUGAUUCCAAUAAUAAGCAAUAAAAUUUUGUACCACUUAAAUGAUGAGCGAUUGGCUACUACACAGUGCCUUGUUGUUCAUCCUUGUUUCUAUGCAAGAGUUUUGUGAAGUAAUACUUGUUAUAAUAUUGAAUAUUGAUGCCUGGUGGUGGUUGGUUGAAUUGUGACAGCAGUGGCAAUCCGAGACCAUGCAGCAGGAGCUGCUACGUUGCCAGAAUUAAGCCAUCCUUGGGUCAUGAAACUAGCCUUGUAAUGUUGGUAAUGCAGUGGACACAGUGUUAAUAUUUUGACAAACAUGGCAGCUUUUUUGCGCACAUUGAAAUCCAACAGUUAUGAAGCACUAUUUUACCUUUGUGUGAACACUCCCUGCGUUUCAGACUUAGUUAUUUGGUAUGAUGCUCACUGAAACUUACAGUGAACAUGAUGAUUAUUCCUGUUUUGAUUCAUUUCAGUAAUGGAGGAAGGUGGCAUGUCAUGAAAUGGUUUAGGAGGAUAGGUUAGAUAUGGUGGUAAUACAAGAUGGUUUCCACCUCAACCAAUUUCCUUUUCCAUCAUUGAUGUGAAAGCCUAGGUGUCUAUGUCGUGUUUGUGCAUGACCUCUGUAUUCAUUGACAUACACUAUUUUUCUUGUCUGGCAAUGUCUUGGUUUUAAAAUUUUUGUUCAUGUUUCAAAAUCCAUCCUUAGCGCUGCACCUUCCAUUCCCUAAUCCUCCAAGAAUGCUCUGCUCUUCUCCAAUUUUGGUCUCUUUAUUGUCACCCCAAAAUCUGUACUUCCCAAGUUUUGGACCCAGACUGCUGGAAUUCCCUCACUAAGCAGCUUUGUCUCUCUUUUGCUUCUUCACACCUGCCUCUUUGUAGCUUUUGGCUCCUUGCUCCAGUAUCUCCUUCUGUCAACUUCCAUUUGGUACUCUUGUGAAGUAUUUUGGAAUGGUUCACAACAUUUAAAGUUACUGUAUAUAAAUGCAUAAAUAAUUUGUCUCUUGCUUGUACCAGCAUGUAGGAGAAAAUAGUUUGUGGACAUGUGAAGGCAGCAGUGUUGGAACAAAGCUAAUGGGAUGUGCAAGCAUGGGAGGGUGAAACAGAUGUGCAAUUCUUGUCUCAGGCUUCCAUGCUCUGUCAACCCAUUUGAUGUCCAUUCAACAUCUUCCUAUUUGUAGCUUUUAUUUUAAAAAAAAUGUAUGUUGAAAUGCUGAACUGUAUCAUCAUCCCAGUAGUCAUAUAUAAAAGAGUCAGCCAUAACAGAACAACUGGGUAGGACACUUUUUUAAAAAUAAGGUGUCUCAGGUUGGCAGUUUAUCAUUGUGUUGCAGAAUAGGGCUCCUACUUAACUUCCCUUAGUCCCUUUUAAUGUGGAGCUCUGAGAGGAGGAAUGAAGUGCACACCGUGCUCAGGUGCUGCUUUUUUUUCUUCGGGAUUUACAAGGGCAUUAAGUUCCAAGUUCAUUUUUAGUUUUGGUCAUGAGCCACGGCACCACUCUCCAUCACUACUAAACACAUACACAUGCACAUAAACUUCUGUUUCACCCCAACCCUCCCACAAUAAUGUUGUCUUCCAGUGUCUGAGAAGCAGAAAAAAAACUGGUUUGCUCUCCAUGCUGGGAGAGGCUUCUUUGCAAAAAAGUGCACAUAUGGAACAUACCCUCCACAAUACUAAAAGCCAUUGGUUAUUUGCUAUCUAAACCAUACCUGGCUAACAGCAAAGAACUGUAUCCAGCAAGCACUUUAGAACAGCCAGGUGGCAGGCAGAAUUUGAAACACAUAAUGAAAAUUUCUCAAGAUUAGUUUCUAAGGUGACCUUAAAGCUGAGCUUCAGCUAAUCACCGUUUUCUUUUUCCAUCUUCUGGUUCCCUGCACCAAUCUGGUAGCCUAACUCUACCAAGUAUUGUCCUCUGUAACAGGUUACUAACAUGGUAUUGUCCUGAUUUUAUUAGGUUUUUGGCAUACUAAGAUUGCAGGUAGACUUAGCUUUACUUAAAUUUCAACUGUUUGGUAACAAGCUUUUGGCUCUUAUCAUUGUGGAAAUCACUCGUGCAAAUCUGUUGGUUCUGUGCCUCGGGUAAAGGCAGCAAAUUCCUAGCAGAGUUGGAGAGAUUGAUGCUUGGUGAUAGAAUGAACAGCUCCGUCGGCAUAAUCAUAAACUCUGUUUUUAAAUUAUUAAAAUGCUGGCCCGCUCAUCUUGAUGUUGCAAGUGUGUUCAGGCAAAUGUGUUUUAUAAUGUGAAUUGCAUACCCUGGUGUGUUUCAAAAUUAUAAAAUGCAUGUAGAAUAUUUUUAUAAGAAUACAUGAAGCAAUGGGACUUGUGUGCACAUAAAUUUGUUCUUGUUGAGUUUGCAGCUCGUACAGUGACCCAGGUACAGGGUGGUUUAUCUGCCAUUCCCCUCCUGCUUGAAAUACUGAGUCAUUCCUGGAAAUUGCAGAAACACUGUUCUGCUAUGACAAUUUAUUUAGCACUUUGGGUAUGAUGAGUUGCAUGGUCAUUAUCUUGGGAUAGUGAUGAGUCAUAUCAUUUUCCACUGGACAGUUUUGCUGGCAUGUUGGUAAAUUUGCCAAUUUUUUCUGCCAGGUUGGCUGUAGAGAAUGUGAUGUUGAAUCAAGAGCUACGGGGGGAGUGCAGGGAAGUGGAGUUGAAAUGCCCAUCAGCCAGGAUUUAAAUGGUGGAGUGGACUUGAUGGGCCGAAUGGCCUUACUACCACUCCUAUGUCUUAUGUUCGAGAGUUUAUUAAUGUAUAAGUCAGUAAGUAACUUAAUGGGGUUAGCAUGCAAUCAGUGGGAAUUGAAAUUGAAAGGCUAGUUGCAGGCAAGGACUUUCUAAAAUCACACAACAUUCAGGAAAGUUUGUUUCUGUGAUUGCUAAAUUCAGUUAUUGGUAUGUGUUAAUCAACCCAUUCUAAGCAGUGGCUGUUCCUUGGCCAAUCAAUAGCUUCUUGCAAAAAAAAAAAAUUGGAAUCCGUUUUCCCAGUUGCAACUUGUUCUGGUUCAAAUCUGAGUUGUUUUAUUGGGGUAACAAUAUCGAGGGAGGUAGAAGGUGUUCGGGUACAGCUGGUGGAACAGAGCAUGAGGGGUUGAAUGACUCAAUCCUGAUUCUAAAAUCCAUAGAAAACAAGGGGAUAUACAUCAUGUUUCAGUUGCCUGGAGUCAUUAUGAACAAUUCUGGGCACUGUACAUUAGGUAGGACGUAUUGGCCUUGCAGAAAGAAUUUUAGAAUCUCUAUAAUGUGGAAGCAGGCCAUUAGGCCCAUUUACCUCCACACCAGCCUUCCAAAGGACAUCCCACCUAGACCCACCCUAUCCCUGUAACCCUGUAUUUCCCACAGCUAAUCCACCUAACCCCCACAUCUUUGGAGUGUGGGAGAAAACCACAGUACUCAGAGAAAACUCAUGCAGACACUGGGAGAAUGUGCAAACUCAACACAGGUGGUUGCCCAAAGCUGGAAUUGAACCCGGGAUGUUGACGUGUGAGGUAGCACUGAGCUAUUGUGCUGCCCUGAGCACCGUUUACAUUUACCGCAAUGAAAACAUGGACACUAAGCAUUAAUUUAAGAGGGGAGAUUACACAAACCAGGCUUGUAUGGCCUGGAAUUCAGAAGUUCAAAGGAUCAUUUGGUCUGAUGUUUUAAGUGUAUUGACAGUGGGUAUAGUGGAAGCAUUUGGGGAGCCAAGGUUUAGGGGACAUAGUCUAAAGGUUUGUGUCAGACUGUCCAAAAGCAAAAUUAGGAAACACUUGUUCACACACUAGGUGGUAGGAGUUUGCAGCUUUUCAACAAAUAGCAGUUGAUUCUGGGUCAGUUGUUUCUCAGUGAGAAUGAGAAGUAACCAAGGCACCUAAGCUCCCAAAACCAAAGAUAGUGAAAUAAGGAUUGCAGAUUUUCUAACACCACAGAAAAUGUCGCAAGUGAAAAUUUUGGAAAGACGUGCAAUGGAACAAAAUUUUGCUAAUUCAGCCCCAUAAAUUGUGUCCUUGGGAGUGAAUCAAUGAGACCCUUUUGUUGACCAUAGACAAGUUUCAAAAAGCGGAGAACUGAAAAUUACAAUUUUUAAAAUGCUACAAGACACUUAAAGCAAAGAAUUUGUCUUUUUCAAGAUAGAAAUGGCCCAGUCAUGGAAUUAGAUACAGAUUUAUUCUGUCUGGCUAUCUCAAAGCAUCUGGGAUUUCUGGCAUCUGAUUACAUAUUACUUAUUUUUGAUAACGUUCUUCUCCUUAAUCAUUGGCUUUCUUUGAUUUGAAAAAAUCCAUUAAUAAAAGUGACAGUGGUAGAAUAGGCAGUAAUUUUGUUUAUGUAGAUGUUAGAAACGUUAAAAUCAAUUUGAUUGGGCAUUGCCUGUUAGUAACUCAAUGUCUUUCAAUAUUCACUAUGAAAAAAUCUCAGUAUUUUCUCACAGGUUUUUAAAAUAAGCUUUUCUUUAAAUUCAAAGCAAGUUGAUUGUGCUCCUGUAAAUAAUAUUAUUUAUGGUAAAUGUGUUAGGUUUUAUAUUUUAAAAAAAAUCUACCGAAAUUUUAAUUACACAGGGGAGAACCUUUCACAAGAAGGAUAUUUAAAGAGUAAAUUCUCAGUCCAUUGUAUUGGAUCAGAAAUCACUUGACAUGAAGCUAUUGUUGAACAGGUUUAUUUGAAAAUGCAAGAGUUCAGAUCCUCACUCCUGCUCCAGGUGUUCGUGAGAGAGGUGAUAUCAGACACAGAAUUUAUAAGUAAAAGAUUGAAGGCUCACACCAUGAACUAAACAAACGUAAGAUGCUGUUAAAUCUUUAAUCAGUUGGAAGGUUUUAAUUGAUUAAUAUGUGUAUGUGAAUCACCAAAUUCCUUUCAUGUCACUGUCCUGAGAGACCUAAAGGUUUUAUCAUUGUCAAGAAGAGGUGAUAUUUUAGGUCAGACAAUGUAUGUUAGAUGUGAGGCCUUGUUUAGAUUUGGUUUGUGUUUUGGCUUGGAGUCAGCCUGGUUUUAUUUCUAAAACAGGAAUUUAUAAAACGCCACAUUGACUGUCUAUAAAUUGUGUGCUUACUGAACAAAAUAGAAUGUAUUUGCAAAUACAAAUUCACCCCAUACUUGUGGAUACAUUCUAUUUUUUUCAAAAAGCGUCCAAUUUAUAGACAGUGAUAACAAAGUGUGGAGCUGGAUGAACACAGCUGGAUGAGAUGCUGCUGGGCCUGCUGUGUUCAUCCAGCUCCACACUUUGUUAUCUUGGAUUCUCCAGCACCUGCAGUUCCCAUUAUCACUGAUACAAUUUAUAGACAGUGGUGUUUUACAAAUUCCUAAUUUAGAAAUAGAAACAGUCUGACUCCAAACCAAAAC